AUGGGGAUAGAGAUAGCGCAUCCUAACGUGUCAUCUCCCUCCAUUACACCUUGCUUCCCGUCUUCUUCUUAUUCCACACCUCAUCCACUAACCAACAACAAUAUUGUCAUGUCGGAAGAUCAUCACCGUUUGAUGGAUCAGAUCGCUUCAUUGCAAUAUUUUUCUCUAAACGUUAACAACGAUCAGCAUCAAGGUCACUACUACUAUGGAGAAGAAGAGAUAUUAAACCCUAAUCAAAAUAACUUCAGUAACAGCAGCAAGAUUGAGAGGAGAGACUAUGGACAUUCGUUAAAAGCUUCUGUGUCCAGAGGACACUGGAGACCAGCUGAAGAUGCUAAGCUGAAAGAACUAGUAGCUGUCUACGGCCCACAAAACUGGAACCUCAUCGCCGAAAAGCUCCAAGGAAGAUCCGCAGGGAAGAGUUGUAGGCUACGAUGGUUUAACCAACUAGACCCGAGGAUAAACAGGAGAGCCUUCACGGAGGAAGAAGAGGAGAGGCUAAUGCAAGCUCAUAGUCUUUAUGGUAACAAAUGGGCUAUGAUAGCAAGGCUUUUCCCUGGAAGGACUGAUAAUUCUGUGAAGAAUCAUUGGCAUGUUGUAAUGGCUCGCAAGUUUAGAGAACAGUCUUCUGUUUACCCUAGGAGGAAGACAAUGAUUCCUCAUAAGCCACUUGUUAACCCUAAUCCUCACUCUUGCAAAGAUUUUAACCCUACUAGGUCAGAUUUAAUCCACCUUGUUGGUAAUGACCAGAACCUCCUUAUGUUACCCAUUCCUUGCUUCUCAGGUUAUGAUCAUGGAAUAUUUGAAAACCAAAUGCUGAUAGAUGACUACUCGACAAGGACACGUGAGGUCGCCACUACAUUCGGUGAUUCAAACCACACCGGGAAGUAUGAGAUUCUUGAUGAGAGCAUGAAUGAGAAGAAGAAACCACACUUUUUCGAUUUUCUUGGGUUGGGGACAGUGUGA